AUGGAUUUAUCAACUCCUCUUUUUUCUGAUAUCCUUUUAGAAGGGCUAUCUCUGGACUCUGAGGUUUUCUACACAUGCCAAAGGAUUCUACACUCUUACAGCACUGAUACAGAAUCUCACACUGGUGAUAGUGGAGACGAAUCUAGUCAUAAAAUAGCGGAUGAAGAAUCAAUUAGACCUUCUCCUUCCUACAUAUCAUCGUUGAUUAAGACAGGGCCCGAAGGGAUAAAAAAAGAACUUGAGAAGUUAAACCAAUGUGUAUCGGCACUUGAUUCACUUAUGAACAAGGGACUCUUAAACAAAACUACUGAGAUAGUUCAGAGUUUUGAAGAAGUCAAUGACUAUAAAUCUACACUUGAAUCUCUAGAUCUUGAUUUGAAAAACUUGAACGAGGGAGUUAUUUCAAGGUACAAGAGUAUUUUAACCUUCUACAACUCAGUAGAAACUGGAACAACCUCUUUAGAUCGUCUGCGCAGCGUAUAUUUAUACUCCUUAGAGUGUAGGAGGAUUAUUUUAUUCCUCAAAGGUCUCCACGAAAAGAGUAAGAAACUCAAGUCCACAGUUAGGGACUUUUUAGAAAUGUUGUUAGUAGCCACAAAGUGCAUGUUAUGCCUUGACAAAAUACUCAAUCUAGAGAAGACGGAAGGACUAUUAAAGGUUAUGCAGUACUGCGAAGACCUAAAGAAUUACAUAGUAAAGUUUGUGUAUAAUUAUGCUUAUUCGCCCCUGUUUGAGCUUAACGAAGGCACUGAUGGGUCAGGCCCAAACCAAAUGAAUCUUAUAGAGCCAGAAAAGGACGUUGAAAAAAUAGUUGUAAUAUCGCAUGUAAUAUACAGAGAACUAUCAGUGUCCUCCAAAGGAAUGUUGGAUCUUGUUGAACGUUUGGUCUACCACGGUAGCACUUGCAUUGACAUGACUGAGGUGAUGAGUGAAAACAAUUACGAGGAAUGGCAAGGCAUAUUCAUGUCUCAAGUUUCACAGUUCUUUCUCAAGUAUGUGAGGAACCAGAAAAGCCUCUAUUUCAUAUGCAAGUGUUCCAAAUAUUCAUUAUUAGAGAAGCUGGACAAGAUUGAACGUGAAACAAUAUCUCAAUACCUUGAAACAUACGUACAUGAGGACCAAAAGGAACCCUUUUCACUACUCGAACUUUACACUAAAAGAUCAAUCGCAUUCCUUCAAUCAACACUCUCCAAAUUAUAUUCAAACGACAGGUAUGAUGUUGUGAUGUUAGUUCCACAGUUAAUAUCUCUGGGAGACAGCAUGCAUGAAGAGUUGGCCCAUAUUAACAUCCCAUUCAACAUACACCGGUACUACUAUAAGACCUUAUGCGAGGAUUACGCAAAGAGUUUCGUGUCAAUAGCAGCCAAGAAGAUCAUCCCAGUCUCAAAGACCUCGUUUCUAAACUGCAUCAGAGCACUUCCAACACUGGAGUCGUCCCCUCCGGCACUCUCCACAGAGUUAAACCAGGCCACACACAUGCUAAUGAACUUGCCAGUGGACAAUGAACUCUGGAAUGUGAUUUCAGAGUUCUUAGAAAAGUCUAAAAUGUGCCCAUCAUUGUUCAAGCAAAUUUGUGCAAUCGUUUCCUCUGCACUUGAGACUGUGUUUGGUAACAUUUCAGAGAUAAAAUCAUACCAGGGAACUAAGCUGAGCCUAAGCGAUGGCGGUAGUAAGAUUACACUCGUCAAGCCUAACGAUUGCCAGGUCUUAAAUGCGAGGCUUUUCAUGUACGUGUUCACAAUUGUGGAUGGAAUUGAAUCCAACUUGAGUUCACUUAUUCCACCCGACUCCAACCUUUUAACUAUAUUAGAUUACGGAAAGUCCAUUGAAUUGGUUAGCGGAUGGUCUGAUGAUAUCUCUAACACGAUUUGGCACAUUCUUUCAUACAUUUCAGUAGAUAACUUGGAGUUCAACUGGACCUGUCACCAAGUAAACAUCGCAACUAACAACCUUGUUAAGAUUUUAAACUUCCUCAAAGACUCUUAUUUUGAUCCUCUAUUGCCAGUUGGAAAGAUUAAACUGCUGUUGAAGUUUUGUUCAAUCACCGUCGCUUCAUUCCUUAUUUAUUCCAUAACCACUUGGCCUUUAAAUGACGAUGAGAGGCUUAGUAUGAUCAAUUUCACUACUGAAUUGGAGUUCAGUCUCUCUGAUCUUCUACACCAAAAGCUAGGCAAACCAGAAACUGACUACUUUUCAUUCCUGAAACGGCUCAUAUUUCUCUCUGAUGAUGAAUUGUCCUCUGUGUUUUCACAACACACACCAUUCCCAAAGGAUGUACUAUUGUUACACAUCGCAUGCAGACUUAUACGAGACAAUUCACUCAAUGAAGUCAUUUACAAACAUUUGAAUUAUACAAGCGUUCAUUUCAUGCUAUUAUCUUUUAGGAACUCUUUGUUACAGGGCCCAGACCCAGACAAUCUUGAAAAAUUACACAAGUUUUUGUCUACUCUUUGUUUAAAUUUACCUCUUUACAAUGAUGUAAUGGCCCAUUUAACUGGGUUCUAG